AUGUUCUCUUUACUACGACGUACGUCCGUUGCUUUAUCACUUUUGAAUCCAAGAAGAUAUCUUCACGCUCAGUCUCUCACACGUAUAUACGAAUUGGCUCGAGAGGCAUGUGCAAAUGUCAGCAUAGUCCCAAGAGUCGAUCCUCGUGCCGUUUUCGUCAACAACGAACUUGAUUUGGGCUCGAUAGAUGUGUACGGUUUCGACUACGACUAUACUCUUGCUGUGUACACCCGUGACCUCAACGAGCUCAUCUACGAUUUAGCUCUUCGUCGACUCAUUUCACAAUUCAAGUAUCCGUCGGGUCUCCUGAAUAUCCCUUAUGACCGUGAAUUCUCUAUUCGUGGAUUGCACUUCGACAUUCAAAGCUGUUGUCUUCUAAAGGUGGACGCUUUUUCUCAAAUUCAAGAAGGAGCUGUAUAUAGAGGUAGAAGAAGGUUGUCUGACGAAGAAGUGAAAGCGUUAUUCCCUGGUUUUAAUGUCCCAGAGAUUAAAGGCCGACAAAUGCCACAACUAGUAGAUCUAUUCUCGCUUCCAUGGGCUGGACUCCUUUCUACCGUAGUACAUUACUGCGACUUACACAAUAUUGUGUUCGAUCCAAAAUGUUUAUAUGACGAUUUAGCGGAAUGUGUUAAACAAGUACACGUUAGCGGAGAAAUGUAUCAAAAAGUUUCCGAGAAUCUGGAAGUCUAUAUCCAUCGAAAUGAAGGGCUAAAAAAUUACCUCGAGCUAUUGCAAUCUUCUGGAAAGGAGCUAUUUGUCGUCACAAACAGUCCUUUUACGUUUAUAAAUGUCGGCAUGACGUACAUGUUAGGUUCGGAUUGGAGGAAGUACUUCAAAUACGUUGUUGUUUCUGCAAAAAAACCGGGCUUCUUUCAUGGACGCGAACCUUUUCGAUUAUAUGACCCAGAACAGAAUGUUGUGAAGUUUGUGAAGGUUUCACGUCUUGAAGAAGGGAUGGUUUAUUGUGGGGGCAACAUCGAUGAUUUGUCAAAUCGCGCAGGCUUCAUCGGAAAAGGAGUUUUGUAUUUCGGUGACCACAUCUAUACAGAUCUUGCAGAUCCUGUUUUGAGGUUAGGAUGGCGUACUGCUGCUGUAGUUCCUGAACUUGCUCGCGAAAUUAGAAUUCAGAACGAUGACGUAUACAGAAGAAAUAUCCAGUGGUUGGAGAUGCUCACAGCAAUCAUAGAAGAGUACCAAGCUGGUGCUCAAGAGGAUCCUGAGUCCACAGAAAUAAUCAGUAAAUGGAGGAAUGAGCGGAGCCGCCUUAGAGAAGGUGCAAAAUCCUUGUUUAACCCACAGUUUGGGUCCUUAUUCAGGACAUUCCACAAUAUGACUCAUUUCUCAAGAAGACUGAAUAGAUUGUCGGAUGUUUACACAAGUCGUGUGCCUAACAUGCUGAAAUACGACUUGAAUCAUUGCUUCUUUCCACGUCGGAACGCUCUUCCACAUGAAAAUCUUCAUUCUGUACCAAUCAACACUGAAUGUAUUCUAGAUGAAGUUAGGCAGAAGGAAAAAGUGUAUCGCGAGACGGAACAUAUCUGA